AUGUACUUGUUUGUGCUCGAUGAGGCUGUGGGAUGUGUCUUGAGACAGCAUGACGAUUCUGGGAAAAGGGAGCAAGCUGUUUAUUAUCUUAGCAAGAAAUUCACACCUUACGAGACAAAAUACACAUUUCUCGAAAGGAGUCGCUGUGCAUUGGUUUGGGCAACUCAGAAGCUGAGGCAUUACUUGCUUAGUCACACCACUUACUUUAUUUCUCGUUCAGACCCUUUGAAAUGUCUUGUUGUUGGUAAGGCAGAGGAUAUGAAUGAGCGAUGUGCUGAGUGGAGAUUGUUCUUUGAUGGGGGUUCAAAUUCUUUCGGAGUCGGUAUCGAAGCUGUGCUAGUAUCGCCUAAAGGAAAACAUUAUCCCGGUUCAGCUAAACUACGAUUUUUCUGCACUAACAAUAUGGCUGAAUAUGAGGCUUCUUCUCCCAUUAGCUGCACAUUCGACUGCACCAUUGACUCAUUUGCUGACUUGAAUAAUCUAGAAGAGUUCAUCAGCAACUUUGAGGCAAAGGGAUCUCUCCUGCAGAUUUUAUGCUCUAAACUAUUGGCGGUUCGGAGAGGUAUUCAGGGGUGGAACAAGCAGUUCUUAGGCAAUAUCUUUGAUGCAGUAAGAGAGGCGGAGGUAGGGCUACUGAGAGCUGAGGACGAUGUGGCGAAUGAUGACUCUGAGGGGCACAGUGGGGACCGGAAUUCCAAGUACUUCCAUGCGGUGGUUAAGCAACGGCAGGUGCAAGGAAUGAUACAUAGAGUUAAGAGAGCCGAUGGAGUGUGGGUGGAGGAUGAUGACGGCAUCGCGAUAGAGGCAAUUGCAUAUUUUUCUAACCUGUUUUCUGGAGACACAAGUUCAAAUUUGGAUGGGUUGCUAGGCUUGAUCCCGUCAAUGAUUACGGGGGAAGACAAUAUGGUCUUAGAGAAGAUUCCGACCAUGGAAGAAGUUAGACGAGAUGUUCACAAGGCUGUAGUAAGUUUCUUCUGUGGAGUGGAGUUAACUCGAUUUAUCACUUCUACCUCCAUUGUAUUGAUUCCCAAGACGGGUUUUGUCAAAGGGCGGAACAUUACAGAAAAUUAUUUACUAGCCCAGGAGCUGGUAACAGGCAUUGGCAAGAAGGCACGGGGAGGCAAUGUAGCGUUGAAAUUGGACAUGGCAAAGGAGUAUGACCGGAUGCCUUGGUUCCAUGUUAUUCAUGUUUUGCGAAAGUUUGGCUUUGGAGAGAGGUUCAUAGAUAUAGUAUGGUGGCUGGUAUCGAAUGUCGGGUUCUCGGUCAUUAUCAAUGGGGUGUCAAACGGGUUUUUUAAGUCAAGCAGGGGUCUAAGGCAAGGAGAUCCCCUAUCCCCUGUGUUGUUUGUAAUUGGGGCGGAGGUGUUAUCACGGGAAAUUUAUAACUUGGCUCGACAAGGGGGUUACGUGGGAUUUCGGGUCCCAAGGGAUUGCCCUACGGUGACGCACCUAGCUUUUGUAGAUGAUGUAAUAAUUUUCUCUAAUGGGUCUACUGCUGCGUUAAAACGCAUUAUGCAAGUCUUGGGGGCGUAUCAGAGGUUAUCGGGGCAGUUGGUGAAUGCUCACAAAAGUGGAUAUCUAGUUCAUUCGUCGCUGCCACCAGUUCACCGAAGGGUGAUUGAGAGGGUCACACAUUUCUCACGACAAACUUUCCCAUUCCGUGCACUUGAUGUCCGCUGCGGUUUUGCCAGGCUCGGUGUUCAGAAUGCUAGAAAAGGGGUGCGCCAACUUCCUAUGGGGUGCUUCGGAAGAAGAAAUGAAGUAUCAUUGGAUUGGCUGUUUCGAGCUGGGUCAUCGCUCUGGGCGAGCUUUAUGCGGGCUAAGUAUUGUAGGGACCUUCACUCGUGUCAGGUUCAACUGGGUAGAUACGCCUCCGGUACAUGGAGGAGAAUGCUAAACAUUAGCAAACAAGUGGAGCUGUCUGUAAUCUGGGCGUUGUUCUUUAAAGCUACAGCAAACCCCGCCCUCUCUUUCGAAGACUUCAUUGUGAAUGGGAAGUGGACCACCGAUCUGCUCUCGCGAGCCCUUCCCCUUGACCUAAUUCCUUCUGUCUUGCUCCACCCCGUGCCUCGGGGAGGGCGAACAGAUGAGAUCAUAUGGAGAUUGACUUCCUCCGGAAAAAUUCUCAUUGGCAUCGGCCUUCAAGGAGGUGCGCCAAGCUCGUAG